AUGAAUGAUAUAUUAUAUGAACAACCACGUAUUGAGAAGUUGCAUGGUGAACAACAACAAAACGCGACUAUGGCACCAUUCAACGUCUUCCGAGGUCAAGGAUUAUUAGUUGAUAACUUCGAAAAAAUUAGACGUACAAAAGGAAAACUUAUGUCCUUUAACAAUUUUCUACCGACUAGUCGCAAUCGAAAUAUCUCGCUCGGCUUCGCACAUCAAGCACUUAGUGAUCCUAAUUCCGUUGGCAUACUCUUUGCCAUGAAAAUUGAUCCAAAAUUAUGUGCGGCAUCAUCGACACCUUUUGUCCAUGUCAAAGACGAGGAUUUCUACAAGGAUAAAGAGGAAGAAAUUCUCUUCUCUACGCACACGAUUUUCCGCAUCUAGCAAAUCAAACCUUUCGAUGAUGAUCAUUCUGGUUGCUUAUGGCAAGUUAAUCUCACCUUCACGUGUAACGACGACAGUGAGUUAAACACUAUCACGGCAGACAUACGCAACAAGAUUAGUUGGGCAACCGGGUGGGCUCGAUUAGGCCGUAUACUAAUUGCAGUGGGACAACCUGAAAAAGUACUACAACUCUAUCAGCUCCUCCUUGAAAAAAUAACUUCAGAUAAAGAGAGAGGAAACUAUAAUAAUCUACUUGGUGUGGUGUAUGAUACAAUUGGCGAGUAUUCGAUAGCAAUAUCAUUUUACCAAGAAGCGCUGAAGAACAAGGAAAAAGCCCAGCCUUCCAAUCUUCUCGAUUCAGCUUCUAUCUACAACAACAUCAGCUUGGUGUAUUAUAAGAUGGGCGAGUACUCGAAGGCAUUUUCAUCGAAUGAAGAAGCCCUGAAUAUUAAGCAAAAGUCUCUCCCUCCGAAUCAUCCCGACUUGGCUUCUUCCUACAACAACAUCGGCUUGGUGUAUUAUAGAAUGGGCGAGUACUCGAAAGCACUUUCAUUGAAUGAAAAAGCACUGGAUAUUAAGCUAAAAUCUCUCUCUCCAAGCCAUCCCAACUUGAUUCCUUCCUACAACAACAUCGGUAUGGUGUAUGAUAGAUUGGACGAGUACUCGAAAGCACUUUCAUC